AUGUCCCAAGAAGCCAACACACGGUACUCUAAGAGGCUACCCAAGGUUCGACAGGCUUGUGAUCCAUGUCACUCGCGCAAAAUCCGCUGCGAUGGGCGCUGGCCCUGCGCAAACUGCCAGGAGACAAUAUUGGAGUGCACCUAUGUGGCGGUUCCGAAGAAGACAGGGCCGAAAGGUCCCCGCCAUGCACGGAAAUUUAUCCAACGGCAACAGAUCAAUCCACAACAGUCUACGUCCUUUGCCGUGAACCCAGAUGCAAGAGAAACCGGAUACGAGUCCCAGACGAGCAGAUCACCACAUGCAGUCACGCCACCAUCACCGACUCAGAAUGUGACUCCGCGGGACCCCGGCUUUCAGGCCUCGCCCCUAGUAUCGACUGAUAUCAUACAGUGGUGUCUCGACGCCUUCUUCAGACACAAAUACCCACUUACACCCAUCUUACAUCGACAACAAGUCGAAGAAUGCAUACGCGAUCUCUCAAUCUCACCCGAGAAAUACGGGCUUAUGACAGCUUGCUCAGCCGUCAUAUCCCUCUCGCCCGAGAUCCUACAGCCACCAGACCCGCCCUCAAAUACGUCGACCGAAGUGCCUGCGCCUAUUCUUCCAACAACCGAGUUUCUCAUCUCAGAGACUCUUCGAGCUAGACGUCAAUGCGAUCUCGCCGAGCAUCAGUCCUUACUUCAUGCGCAAACCUCCUUCUUCCUAUUCUCGGCCUUCUUCUGCAUGGACAACGAUAAUGCUGCAUGGUACUAUCUCCGAGAGUCAAUCACCAUUUUACAGACGCUACGCCUACAUGAAGAAGCCACGUACAGCGACAUUAAUGAUCCGGUCCUGGCGACGUAUGCUCGACACAUGUUUUGGGUUCUGUUCAUCACGGAAAGAGCAUAUGCGCUGCAGAGACACAGGCCGCUGACACUGCAGAGCACCUUGGGCCUACCCAUUGUUGACCCUCUAAGCUCAGAUGCCGCAAUCUUACCUGGGUUCCUUGAUCUCAUCUCUCUUUUCCGGCACUUCGAUACCGACUUUAUAGCAACCUGGAAUUCGUCCACGCCAUCCACAACAUCGUCUUCGGAAGCAACAGACCCAGAACAUCUCUCGAAACUACAAACCGUCCUGAAGUACGCGAUCCCAAGUGUCUCAAACUAUUCCGAGAUGCAGCAGGCCGACCUCUUGAUCUCACGGCAAUGGCUCAAGGUCAUUGUGUGGAAGCUAUGCGUAUCCAAGACGCUGUUAUCUAUCACGGAUAGUGAGGAUAGCAUGUCGCUGAGCUACCCUACCGCCGUGGCCCGCGACGUCGUACUGAUUUCGCGGCUGCUGCCAACUAAAGCAUUUGAAGCCAACGGUGUCGGCAUACUAGAGAAGGUUUUCGAUGUAGGAUGCUCACUGGCAGAUCUGAUAUCGCUCGGCCCAGCCACGAAUCAGUGGUCCGCUAUGCAUGUCGGUCCGAUUGACAUCUUGAUGGAGAUUUCCUACUAA